AUAAAGAUAAAAAAUUAUUAUUAUUAUUAUUAUUAUUAUGUAAAAUUUAGCACAGGGUUUUCCCUGGGGAGAAAUAUCCCGGGACCUCAGACUUCCAGCACCUUUCUGAGGAUAUGUGCCGAUCCGAGGAGUGCCGACUUUUGCAUCGUUCUUGUUCGGUUUAUUAUUAUUAUUAUUAUUAUUAUUAUUAUUAUUAUUAUUAUUAUUAUUAUUAUUAUUAUUAUUAUUAUUAUCAUUAUUAUUAUGUGAAGUAUACAUGA